CAGUUUCGGUCCAGUUCCCAGUUCCUAGUUCCCCACUCCAUCUCACCGCAGCGGAUUCGCAAUGGCCGAAAUCGCUGGGGAAACUGGUCGGAGAGCUCUUAGUGUCAAUUAGAGUCAGUUGCUGAUCCCUCCGGAACCAGAAAAAUUUCUGACCGAGAACGCUCGACGCUAUUGACAAAAUAGUACAUAAUCGUUCGGUAGGAUAUAGCCUCUGAACUUCUACCUUUCUGACCUGUUCCUUACCUCUAGACAGAUCCCCACUCCCAGUCACAUCCCCAAACAUGGCUUCAAAAUCCUUCUCCAAGGCCCUUCCCCAGCGAUUGGCCCGCCAAUUGGCCUCGCCCGCUGUCCAGAGACGCAGCUUCGUUGCUGCUGCUUCUGCCGGUGCCAGAGCCACCGCCGUCAAGGCUGCUCGUCCCGCUGUUGCCAGACAGCAGGUCCGUGGUGUCAAGACCAUUGACUUUGCUGGUGUCAAGGAGGACGUCUACGAGCGUGCCGACUGGCCCAAGGAGAAGCUCUUGGAGUUCUUCAAGAACGACACUCUCGCCCUCAUCGGCUACGGCUCGCAAGGUCACGGUCAGGGUCUUAACCUCCGCGACAACGGCCUUAACGUCAUCAUCGGUGUCCGAAAGAACGGUCAGUCAUGGAAGGACGCCCAGCAGGACGGCUGGGUUGAGGGCAAGAACCUGUUCGAGGUCGACGAGGCCAUCUCCCGCGGUACCAUCGUCAUGAACCUGCUCUCCGAUGCUGCCCAGUCCGAGACUUGGCCCGCCAUCAAGCCCCAGCUCACCAAGGGUAAGACCCUCUACUUCUCCCACGGUUUCUCCCCCGUCUUCAAGGAUGUUACCAAGGUCGAUGUCCCCACCGACAUUGAUGUCAUCCUCGUUGCCCCCAAGGGUUCCGGCCGUACUGUCCGAUCCCUCUUCCGUGAGGGCCGUGGCAUCAACUCCUCCUUCGCCGUCUUCCAGGAUGUCACUGGCAAGGCCGAGGAGAAGGCCAUUGCUCUCGGUGUCGCUGUCGGCUCCGGCUACCUCUACAAGACCACCUUCGAGAAGGAGGUCUACUCUGACCUCUACGGUGAGCGUGGUUGCCUGAUGGGUGGUAUCCACGGCAUGUUCCUCGCCCAGUACGAGGUUCUCCGUGAGCGCGGCCACAGCCCCAGCGAGGCUUUCAACGAGACCGUUGAGGAGGCUACCCAGUCCCUCUACCCUCUCAUCGGUGCCAACGGUAUGGACUGGAUGUACGAGGCUUGCUCCACCACUGCCCGCCGUGGUGCCAUCGACUGGACUCCCAAGUUCAAGGAUGCCCUGAAGCCCGUCUUCAACUCCCUCUACGACGCCGUCCACGACGGUACCGAGACCAAGCGAUCCCUCGACUACAACGGCCAGAAGGACUACCGCCAGAAGUUCGAGGCCGAGAUGGAGGAGAUCCGCAACUUGGAGAUCUGGAGAGCCGGCAGGGCCGUCCGUUCCCUCCGACCCGAGAACCAGAAGUAAGGGAGUGGUGUUUUUAAUCAAUAGGAUGGUAUCUGGAUGGUUGGACAUAUUCCCAAGGACAGCUUUUGUACUUAUUAUUCAUGGAUUCCCUUGGCUGUUUCGAGGAUCUUAGGGAUAUGGUUCAAAAAGUUUUCUAUUUUAGCUCGACUUCGAUCGGGCACUGCACAAUAAAGCGGGUUGUCGUUUCUUCAAUCCUUCCGCACGUUAUAGCUGAAUGACAUGCCUCGUUAUUUUUGUGAACUGCUGCCUCCGCUAUCGGACGCAGGUUCGAUGUUGGCAAUUGACGUGAUCUUAUUCGUCUCCGAUGU